AUGGUCACUGCUGCGGUUGACAAAGGUUUGGAUCAUGCUGUGAAAGGUGGCCAUGAUACAGACGCUUUUAACGAUUCAUCCCUCCUCGUCGCAGCCAACGCUAAUAUGCAGUCAGCUAUUAUUGGUAGUAACGUGGGCUUUUCAUCUACUGGACAUAAUGUGGAAGAUGGCCGGUGUGGACGGCGCCUCACUCUUAAUAAUAUGAUACUAAAUGGUACUCCCGUUCAUCGAACAUCUCGUCGCAAGAAUAGUACCAACAAUAUGCCGUGUCAUGGCCACGUAAAUGGUGGCCGUUCUGUCGGUCAGGACAAUAACUACCCAAAAGCAAACGGCGAAGCAUUUGUGGAUAUAGGAAGUGUCUAUUCAUACGGAAAAAAUCCGAUGCUGUUUCCGAACACCGACCUUCACGUUUGCCUGUUCUUACGCCAAUGCGGCAAGGUCGACGAGAGCAUCCGGUUGUGGUGCUGGAUACACAAAAUAGUGCUUCUGCUGUUACACAAAGAGCUUCGUCGGUUGUACGCUCAACGAUUCCAGAACGUAACCAUCUGA